CUCACGAUAAACUCCAAACUCGCAUUUAUCCAUUAUUUCGUUCCCUGCGCGUUAAUAUUGGUUAGCAAUUAAGUAAUUCGGUAUAUUGUGCGAUGGCAGCCAGCGGGCCCGGGCCGCCGGGGGACGGGGUGGUGCGGAGCAGCGCGCUGAGCUUCCUUGCGCGGGCGCAGGGCCUGGGCACGGGCGAAUCCUCCAACAGCCAGGAGGCUGAACAGGCUGCUUCUCAAGCUGAUAGACUGGUCCCAGCCGGACUUAAAGCGCUGUGUGAUGCAUGCUCGGAGCUGUACCCUGACCAGCCUAAUCCUCUGCAGGUCACCACACGCCUAAAGUACUGGCUCGGCGGUGAGGACCCAUUGGACUACAUCAGCAUGUACUGGCACCCUGGAGUACCUGAGGAGCAAGUGCCUCCGCACUGGCACUAUGUCAGCUUUGGCCUGUCAGACCUGCACGGAGACGGCCGUGUCCACCCGGUCCCCGGGACAGAUCGCUCGCAGCCGUCCGGGUACGGCCUGGAGCUGACCUUCCGUCUGGCCUUGCCGGCCGCUGGUGCUCCGCCAUUGUGGCCUGCGGCGCUGCUGCAGGCGUUGGCUAGAUACAUCUUCAGCACAGGUAACAAGUUUGUAUCAGGCGACCACGUGUCGUGGCACGCGCCGCUGGACGCGAGCGCGUCUCGCGUGCGCCAUCUACUGGUGGCCGACGACGCUCGCCUGCGACCCACCGACACGCCUUACGGACAAGUCAACUUUUUGCAGUUGGUAGGAUGCACGGGGCGCGAGCUCCGCGCGGCGCAGCGCAGCUCCGGCUUCGAGGUGCUCAAACUGCUGCAAGAAGAUCCCAGUUGCGGCGGCAGCUGGCUAGUGACACAGGUGUCCCGUCGCACGUCCGCGAGGAGAGUGCGAGUCGCGCGACAGAUCAGGAGCCCUGCGCACUUGGCGGGAGUGUCGGCUAGAGUCACCGCUCUACCCUGGACACCAAGCAAGGAGGAGACGGGCUCCAUGUCGCCGCGCGCGGAGCAACAGAUCAAAGACACCCUCCAGCGGGGCCUCAGCUCCAUGGCCGACCGACCCACCGAAGUAUCGGGACAUAUGUCGACGGACAGUUUCGAGAUGUCGAGCAUAGAGAAAGCGCUGCCGGAGAUACCCGAACUCAUGCAGGGUUCGUGGCGCGGCGAGGAGCGCGUGGAGUACCUGGAGGGAGUGCACCUCAUCAUGGAUCCUGAAGCCGCUAGCUUGUUACCUCUCGCCAUAGACGGGCGCGUGCUGCACGGGCGUCACUUCACGUGGCGCUCCGGCGCGCGCGCGGUCACCGUGCUGUCGCCGCGCGUGGCCGGCGCCGCCGUCACGCCCGCGCAGCCCUACGGCUGCAAGGGCGACUGGCUACAGAUCCUACUGUCACCCGAGCUCGCCAAACUCGUGUCAGCCUCCGUCGCCCCCCUCUCCCGCCUGGCCGAUGACUCCGAGUCAGACGAGGACGACACGCCGCCAGCGCCAUCGUUGCCUCUCACUCUCGCGUGGCCCGAACACGGACUAAAGAUAUCCGUGCUGUACGAUCAGCAAUUAUUAUAGCGGCAACAAUGACUUAUUACCACAGAAUAAAUAAUAGUACUAGGUACAGAAGACUCACUCUCUAACAAAACGCGUCUGUUACGAUCAGCACAGAUAUGGCCGCUAGGUGGCGAUAGCGCCACGCGCGGCUUAUGGCUAGCCACCAAAAUUGGUGUGGAACGGAUGUACUUUUAGCUACCUGUAGCAAAGCGACGAAAUCGCGGAGUGAGCCACGCCUGUUAUUACUAAUUGUUACUAAGAAAGAUACAGAUUAUAACCGCGAAAAACGAAGUUCGCAAAUUGCGGGCAUCUUUCUUUGUCACUCUAAUUACGCCUUCAUUGGAGUAAAAGAGAAAGAUCCCCGCAAUUUGCGAAUUUCGGUUUUCGGUUUGCGAAUUGUAUGGUAGUACAAUUAUUUAUUCUGUGCCUUGGUCUAAAAACCCAGUGUUAUUCUUUAUUCUUGGGCUAGCCUUCGACAUCCAAACAUUUAUUGUUGGGCUAGCUUCUGCCUUCGCCAUCGAAACAAAUAGCUGUCUCUAUCGGACUAAUAUGGAAGAGUGAUAGAGACAGUGUUUAGUUUCGUUUUCUGCAACCGAUUGUCAUCUUGGCUAGGUUUUACUAUCUGGUAAAAGCAGUGGGGAGACACUCUUGACUUCGGUCGAACUCGGCUCCGUUCGGCUCAGCAUUGCUCCGAGCAAUUAUUAGGGUUGGCACCACUUGACUUUUACGUGCACGACCACAGAUAAGAUAAUCACUUGAAUUUUGACAACCCUAAAUAGCCGAAAGGGAUAGUGCCAUAUAUUAGAAAGGGAUAGCAUGAUUCGACCCUGAACCGCUGUCAAACUUCGGGUUUGUAGGAAGUGUCCUUUCUGUACGGUAGUACUAUUAUUUCUUCUAUAGUAAAAGGUUAAAUUUCGGAAUUUUAAACCAUUGCAUUUAUCAAGCAGUUGUAGAUUGCAGUUGGUCAAGCAAAUUUGUCAGUAGAAAAAGGCGCGAAAUUCAAAUUUUCUAUGGUACGAUAACCCUUCGCGCCUACAUUUUUUAAAUUUGCCGCCUUUUUGUACUGACAAGAUUUGCUUGACCAACUAUAUUAGCCUUGUUGGUUGCUGGUUCAAGAUUUACGAACUCUUUAGUUUAUUUAGGUUAGAUAUUGUAAGACUUUCUCAUUGUAAAAAUCUCUAUACAUACACAACUUUAAUGUA